AUGUUUAUCAGAAGAGUACUAACUGUUUUGAAUAUCGCAAUUAUUGUGAAGAUUAAAAGAAAAAGCUCUGGUUCGAAUGUUGCUAAAUCUAAAUUAGUCGGGAAUCCUGCCAGAAGGUCAUCAUAUUUCAAGCGCAAGCCAGAGCCAAUUAACCUUGACUCGAGUGAUUCUGAUGAUGUGGUGGUUAUUAAGGAGGAGAAUGCCAAAACGCCAAAAAAGAAACUACACGCUGAGCACAAACAGUACUCUGCUGAAGCACCAGUCAAGAAACACCAUGAUGAGGAGAAAAUACAGGUGGUUAAUACAAUACCAUCAGAUAAGUCGUUCUCAACUGCUGAGGAAGUACUCAAGAGUAUUCCGGAUGCUGAUGAGAGUUAUCUAAAGAUUGAUCCAGAGGCAGCAAAAAUGAAUUUUUUCCAGCUUAAGGCCAAGCAACAGCAGGAUGCUCAGUCUGAGGCUUCGGGUCCGCCGAUUGAUCUUCCUGUCGCCAGAAAGAACUGUUUGAAUGGUUUAACGAUUGUGUUCACAGGAGUCCUGCCAUCUUUAAAUAGGGAAGAAUGUGAGCGUGUUGCAUCACAAUAUGGAGCAAGAAUAACUAAAUCCGUGAGUGGUCGAACUAGUUUAGUCGUCAUUGGAAAAGAUGCCGGUCCAAAGAAAGUCAAAACAAUAAAGCAGAAGCAUAUUAAGUGUAUUGAUGAAAAUGGAUUUAUUCAAUUGUUGGAAAAAAUGCCACAAAAUGGAGGUUCUGGUGAGAGUGCAAAAAAGGCGUUGGCGAAAAAGCAGAAGGAACUUAAUGAUGCAAUUGCUGAAGCUGAAGAUGAAGAGAGAAAGGAAAAGGCACGGACAACGAAGCACAAGGCAAGUAAGUAUAGUUCUACUUCUUCAAAUUCACUUUCAACUACAGUUUCACCAUCCGCGGAGCUUUGGACGACUAAAUACGCUCCAACCGAAUUGAAGCAAAUUUGCGGAAAUAAGAGUAACGUUAAACUGCUCUACAAUUGGUUGGACACUUGGUUUACUAAAUCGCAUGGAGGGAAGUAUUCUAAGGGUGCAGGGAUCGAUAAUUAUAAAGCGGUUCUUAUCAGCGGCCCUCCAGGUACGGGUAAGACAACAGCUGCAAAUCUUGUGGCAAAACUAUUAAAUUAUGAUAUCGUGGAAAAGAAUGCCAGUGAUUUCCGUUCGAAAAAGCUUCUAAAUCAGGGCCUUAAAGUGUGCCUUGAUAAUACUUCGGUGGCGGGCUACUUUAAAAAAGGCACGGACGACAUAAAGCAAGACACUAAUGACAAGAGGUUUGUCCUUAUUAUGGAUGAGGUUGAUGGUAUGUCAUCCGGCGACAAUGGUGGAGUAUCAUUAUUGGCUCAAUUUUGUAGGAUCACGAAAUCACCGUUGAUCCUUAUUUGUAAUGACAAAUCGCUUCCUAAAAUGAGAGCAUUUGAUCGUGUUUGCUUUGACAUGACCUGGAGGCGACCAACGGCGCGAGAAAUGCGUUCUAGAUUAAUGACUAUUGCACAUAGAGAAGGUUUGCAUCUUGAUCCUAAUGUGGUGGACGAACUUGUUGCCGCUACGCAUAAUGAUAUUCGACAAAUAAUAAAUAUUAUGUCAACUGUUGCGCGAACUCAGAAAACAUUGGAUUUCAAAAACACGGCGCAAAUACAAGGGUCAUGGAAAAAGGAGGUGGCCUUAAAGCCAUUUGAUGUUGUCGGAAGAUUAUUAAGUUCUAAUUUAUAUGGAGCUAAGCCUACCUACAACAUCAAUGAAAAAAUCAAUCUUUUUUUCGCAGACGCCGACAUGGUGCCGCUCAUGAUGCAUGAAAAUUACAGAUCGACACAGCCGACUGCUGUUUUUAAUUAUCCGCCAGAUAAGCAAAACUACGCAACCCUACGUCAGCUUGAGAAAGCCUCUAACGUAAUUUCUGAGUCUGACCUCGUUAAUCAAGCUGUCAGAAGUGGCGAACAACAAUGGUCGUUGCUUCCAUUCUAUGGAGUAAUGUCUACUAUUCUUCCAGGGUCAUAUAUUUGCGGAAGGGUCACUUCGCGAAUAUUCUUUACUUCGUGGUUAGGUCAGAAUUCAAAGACCAUGAAAUAUAGACGGAUUGUACAACAAUUGCAGUAUCACUCUUCUACAAAAACAAAUACUAGUAAUACGCAGCUCCGUUUAGUUUAUGUUCCAUAUUGGAAGACCUCCCUGACAGAACCUUUAAUAGAAAAAGGAGCAUCCGGUAUUGAUGAUGUACUCAAAAUGCUUGACGGAUACUAUUUGACCAAAGAGGACUGGGAUAAUAUUAUGGAUCUUGGAGUCGGAAGAAGGGGUCGUAUGGUUGAUAAAUUGAAAAAGAUUCCAGCGUCGGUAAAGACUGCACUAACCAGAAAGUAUAAUUCGUAUACACACCCAACAAUUAUCUAUCGGACAGGAGAGAUAAAAAUGGAAAGACCGCGGGGAAUUAAAUAUGUUGGAGAUGUGAUUGACGACGAUGCAAAAAUAGAAAAACGGGAGGAAGAUGAUGAGGAGAAACAAGAAGAAACGGCUGACCAAGAUAUAGGUAAGGACACGUUGAUUAAAGCUGUCAAAAAACGUUCUCGUAAAAAGUCAGGGGCAGGUAAGACUGGAACGAAAAGGCGGAGGAGGAACUGA